AUGUACUACAGUAGCACUCAGCGGCGGCACUGGACCUUCAGCGACGAGGAGGCGCUGACGCAGCGCCGGGCCGAAGCAAACCGCAAGUUCCGCAGCAAAGUGACGGCGAGUGGGAAGGUCCAGCCCACCGACCCUCUUCUCUUGGAGCCUCACGAGGAGCUGGCGAUAUGCAAACACUACGAAAAGCGGUUGCUGGACUUCUGCACCGUCUUCAAACCUGCCAUGCCGAAAUCCGUGGUGGGAACAGCUUGCAUGUAUUUCAAACGCUUUUACCUCAACAACUCAGUGAUGGAGUAUCAUCCUCGGAUAAUAAUGCUAACAUGUGCAUUUUUAGCCUGCAAAGUAGAUGAAUUUAAUGUGUCCAGUGCACAGUUUGUUAGCAACCUUCGUGAAAGCCCUGUUGGACAGGAGAAAGCUCUUGAGCAGAUACUGGAGUAUGAGCUACUGCUUAUUCAGCAACUGAACUUCCAUCUGAUCGUCCACAAUCCAUACAGGCCAUUUGAGGGGUUUCUAAUUGAUCUGAAGACCCGCUAUCCAUUGCUGGAGAACCCUGAGGUUUUGAGGAAAUCUGCUGAUGACUUCCUCACUCGAGUAGCUCUGACAGAUGCAUAUCUGCUCUUUGCUCCAUCACAGAUAGCUCUCACUGCCAUAUUAUCUAGUGCUUCAAGAGCAGGAAUUAAUAUGGAAAGUUAUUUAUCAGAAACUCUUAUGAUGAAAGAAGAAAAAGCAUCCUUAGCCAGUCUACUAGAGAACAUGAAAUGCAUGAAAAAUCUCAUAAAGAAAUAUGAGCUGCCAAGGCCUGAAGAGGUUGCUGCUCUGAAGCAGAAACUGGAGAAGUGUCACAGCUUGGAGCUUUCACUUAGUGCAAAUCCGAAGAAGAGGAAGGGUUAUGAAGAUGAUGAGUAUGUCUCAAAGAAAUCUAAAGUGGAUGAGGAAGAGUGGACUGAUGACGAUCUUGUGGACUCAAUGUGAUCUUGAAGGAAGAUGGAAUCCUACCACUGCAGGAAUUGCUCUUCAGUGUCAAGUCUGAACCUGUUGGCCACAGGUUCCUUACUCUGUGUCACAAGGUAUUUAUUCUGUCAGUUUUUUACACCUUUGCAAUAAAGCAUUUAACUUUGCUAAAAUAAUUAGUUGUAGCUCCAUUAAACACUCCUUUCAAGGUCAAACACGAGUAAGAAAUGCUUGCUUUAAGAAAGGUGUCACUCAGGGAAGAGCUUUGACAUGUGACUUCAGUACAGGACUGGAGCAGGGCAGUGACAGACCUGGAUAAAUUCUGGUAACAAACCCUUACAUGCUUUAGAGCAGGAUGUGCACCCCUCUUCCCAAGCUUGUCCCUGAAGCAUCUAAAGGAAUAGAGCUGUGCCCAUAAUGCUUGA